ACACACCUCUUAGAAUGUUGUAGCAGCACACUCGUUUGAGUUGUAAAAUUUGCAGCAAUACUAUGGAACAAGAACGCAAAGAAAUUAAGUCAAUUCGGCGCACGUCAGUUUUCUUUCCUCAUUCAACACACAGUGAAAAAGAGGGACCACGCCAGGAGAAAGUGAUAAAGUAUCGAAGCAACAAAACGUAGUCCCGAAAUCACGUAAAAAAGUAGGUUCUAGGUUUUAUUAUAAGUACUAGAUGAUUAAGUUGAGGUUUAUCAAGUUUAUAUGUAAGUAGAUGAUUAAGUAUAGGUCCUAGAGGUCUUACCCUACCGAGAGGUCUUACCCAUCUUAGUUUUAGUGACCUAGAAAAAAUGACAUCAGUACCAGGCUUUGUGAGGAUUGUGACCACUGAUGGUCAUGAAUUCGUAGCAGACGAGAAAAUCCUAGACCAAUGCGAUGUCUUGAAGAAAAUGGUAGCUUCGGAGUCAUUCGAGGAAGGGACGACGAAGGUACUUAUACUAUUUUGUCGAGUUGAAUAGUAUCUUUUUUAGUUUGAGGCAUUAUAGAAAGGUUUCUUGUUAUUGUUUGCUGUAAUCUUUUCUCUGUACCGCUGUGCCACAUGCUAGUUGUCACCAAUGGUCACUCACAAACUUUCAACCUCAGACAAUCGUCCUCAAAAGCGAUUGGUGCGUCAUUACGGGGAAGAUAAUGCAGAAAGUGCUUGAGUACCUUUACUACCGGUACAGACAUACAGACUCCCCAGAACCAAUACCUGAGUUCGUUGUCGAGGAUGACAUCGUACUUGAAGUGCUACCUGUGGCAAACUUCUUGGGGUUGAACUACUAAGCAGGAGUACUCACGCUAGAACUCGUCGAUGAUAUGACUCCCAUGUUGGACAAGUCAAGGAGCACUUGUCCACUCUUAACAUCUGACUUCCCAACUACUCCUUGAAGACCAAUUCCACAACCGGCGGCUCACCGCUGCUUCCACAAGCAUAUACUGUCAACUUUCAACAGGUUCCUCGCCGAUUUUAGAAUCGCAUCUUGCAACUGCAUACACUGUGCUUAUAGAUUGUUGUGACAGUACAAUGUUCUCAAAGUUCUAGCAAUCGCAAAAAAAUGAAUGACAACUCCAAGA